GGAAGGACGCAGGCGGGGAGGAGAGUCUACUUUCGUAAGCGCCUCUUUAGCUGUGGUUGUUUUGAGAUAUUUGGGAGCGCGUGGUACAAGAAGGGCCAUAUGUAUGGGAAGGGAGGUGAUAGAAAGGGAAUCUUCUCAGAGGAGGGUUUGAACCCUGGAUUUCUGACUUUGGCCUCCUUCUGAAUGCGCUGUGAGACUAGUCAGAUGUUUCUCCAAAAUGGAUCCAGAUUCCUCUGCCUUGGCUGCUGGGACAAGGCUCCAAUCCUCCAAUGCAUUUAGGAUCCACAGUAUCUGCUGCCUGCUAAUAAGAAGGACACAGGGAUUUUACACAAAAGACGCUGGCUUUGUUUAUAGGAAAAACAUGGGGAUCCUGAGGGAGCUCAUGUGCCAGGAAAGUACGACAUUCAGAAAUGUUUGGACUACGCAUUCAACAUCUCCAAUAGUUUACCAGAGUGGAAAGAUCUAUUUGGAAAAUUAUCGCUGCUGUAUGAGCAGCAUGGCAGGAGAGCCGAGGAUAAUUUAUCAAAUGCCAACAUGCCCUAAAUCAGAAAAAAUAGAGGAUGCUUUAUUAUUGGAGUGCCCAGUGGGUGAAGCACUGCCCAAUCCAUCAGACUACAAACCUUCCUUGGCGGUUUUGACAGCUCAUAACUGGCUUUUACGUCUCUCCGCAACUACAGGAGAAAUACUUGAAAAAGUGUAUCUUGCCACCCAAUGCAAAUUCAGAUACCUGAGCUGGGACACUCCACAAGAUGUCAUGGUUGUUAAGUCAAUUCAGCAGAAGCUUCCAGGGGCUGCAAGGCAGGUAUGUGUCCAGCAGUCUGUGCUUUUUGUUCUUGCUAUCUUCAGGGUUCUGCCACUCUCGUUUAUUGGAAUGCUAGAACUGGACAAAAAAUUCUUUGGGAACAGCAUGACAGAUGCUUCGAUGUCUCACAGUAUGUUGAUUGUGACUCACAGUACAGGUCUCGUCAGACUCUAUAGCUUUCAAACUAUCUCUGAGCAGUUUAUGCAGCAUCAAGUGGACUUGGGACAAGAAUACAACUGGAACGGCAAAAUUGGGAUUGUGGGAAAAUACCCUUUUGGUAUUCCAUGUAACAUUAAAAUAACAGGUGCUCCUGACUUGCUUUUUGAGGUGUCUUCCCUGGAGAGCACAUUUCAGAUUGGAGGAUUCCCCUGGCAUUACAUCAUCACUCCUAACAAGAAAAGUCAAAAAGGAAUCUUCCAUAUUUGUUCCCUGAAAGACCACACUUUGGCAAAGAAUGGCGUACAGGAAAUGAAAUGUUGCUCAUUGGAACCUGACUGGAUAACUUUCCACCCAGACAGUUCUGGAAGGAUACUACACGUGGGACCAAAUUUGAUUAAAGUUUUGAAGCUGAAAGAAGUGGAAGGCAAUACAGAACAGCAGAAAGUUACAGAAGAUUUCAUCAUAGAAGCCAGCCGAGAAAAUAAUACUGAGAACUCCAUAACGGUAACAGCUUCUGGCCGCAUAGUGAAGAAGCGUUUUAACUCACUGGAUGAUGACCCUGAGAAAGAGACUUUCAAAAUAGUGGAUUAUGAAGAUGAGCUGAAUUUACUGUCCAUUGCAGCAGUCACCCAGAUAGGAUCUGAUGGAAGUGCUCGCCUUGACCUUCGAUGUAAUGAGCGUGGGACCCGACUUAAGAGCAUUCCUUUUGUGGAAUCUUGGGAUGUGACAUACAGCCAUGAAGUUUACUUUGACAGAAAUGUCGUGCUGCAUAUUGAACAAAAGCCCAACAGGACCUUCAGUUGCUAUGUUUAUCAAAUGACGUGCAGUCAUUCAAAUGAAGAUGAAAACGUAAAGAAGGGGAAACAAGAGCGUCAGUUUUGUGAAAAACUCGGAAGAACUUUUGAAUACUUAUAGGAUCUUCCUCAUUUUCUGUGGACAGCAUCCAAAGACUUGCAGUAAUUAAAAACUGUCAUUAAACUUUGAGUGGGUAAAGGAA